AUGUCACAACAUCCCGAUUCUUGGUAUUUAUUACGGGAACGGCGCCCUGAUAUUGCAUUUUAUGCCCUAAGCUUCCCCUUUGCGAUGAUCGAGCGCGGCUAUCGACUAAAGUAUGAUUGGAGGGUUUGCGAGGACACCUGCACCAAUAUCUUGACAGAGCUAGGCCUCCUAAAGUAUACAUUUAGUCGGUCUGGUAAGGCCAACGUCACAGUCACUAUUUCCGACCGUUUCGAAAGCCGAAAGACCUUCCAACUUCUACGCAUCUUCGAUCACUGCGCACCCCACUUCGCACAGCCCCGUUCAGUCGAAAUCGGGGAGUAUGUCACCUACAGGUUUUCGGGCACACUUGGAGCGGACUGUUGGGUCACCUGGUCUGUCGAUGAAAAUUUCACCCAGCCAUCGAAGACCCCGAGCCUAACAUGGGUAUUCGAACACAGUGGCGUCUACAACCUUCGGUCAGAAUUGUCGAACACAGACGGUGUUGGCCAAAGCACGCGGUACGUCAACGUUUGGUUUUGGUUUGGCUCUUAUCCCCGCUUUACCAUGUAUUUCAAUCGGCAGAACAGAGACCUCCUCGUAAUCGGCUCGCUUCGUUCUCUCGUCCAUACUGCCGGCAUCCCUGGUGGUAGUGGCAUCCGCGCUUCAGCGAAUAAAAGCACACCACGGCCCAGAACUCGUGCAACAUGUCGAAAUAUGCGAAAGAUUGAUAAUCUCUCUCUCUCCUGA